GCACGUUUUGAGUGUUUCUACACGAUGGGUGAGACGGAAAUAAUAUCUUGUUGUUAAACUGCCAAGUCAUGCUGUGACGUUUGUCCAAAUGUUGUGUGAAACCACCCCGUAUAGCCAGCCUGCAUCCGUCAGCAUCCUGCUCUGCUCCGGAGGUGGAGAGUGUGUCUGUGAGCAUCAGCAGGGAGCAGCGUUCAAAGUGGCUGAUGCAGGAAGAAGAACGGCAGUGACUCGAUAAAGGUAUGGUCCAGGGCUGAUGGCGCACUCUGAGCUGUUCGAGACAAGAGCGCCCCCUGUGGAGGGGGCAGGUGUGGAGCGGGGUGGUCUCGGCUUCCUGGAUACUUUUGGAGAAGACAACGGCACCGCGGAGAGAUGCUACCGCUCGCACUCCGGCAGCAACGUCCUCCAAGGCCUGCCGUUUGGAGGAGUGCCCACGGUCCUCGCCAUCAAUGUCGUGCUCUGGAUGAUCCUGUUGCUCAUCUUCUCCUGUCUGAGGAAGGCUGCAUGGGACUAUGGCCGCCUGGCUCUGCUGAUGGGGAAUGACAGUCUCACAUCGCUGUUUUAUGGAGAACCAAGUGAGAAAGAGAAGUCUCCGUCAGAGUCCAGCCCCUCCGACUCUGAGACCAAGGACAUGGGCUUCUGCUCAUGGCUGUCAUCACUCUACCAUAUGAAGGAUGAGGAGAUCCGUAGCAAAUGUGGCAUCGAUGCCGUCACGUACCUGUCCUUCCAGCGCCACAUCAUCCUGCUCAUGACAGUGGUCUGCCUGCUGUCUUUGGCCAUAAUCCUGCCGGUCAACUAUUCUGGGAACCUCCUGGGAGACAGUCCUGAAAACUUUGGAAGAACAACACUGGCUAAUGUUAGUGCAAAGGACAGCUUCCUGUGGCUGCACAGCAUCGUGGCGCUGGUCUACUUCGUCAUCACGGUGCUGUGUAUGGCUCACCACUUGAUACGGCUGGAGUACCGAGAAGACGAGCAGGUAGCCAGGACACUGAUGAUCACCUCCAUCCCAAGAGAGAUCUCGGACUCCGGACUGCUCACCAAACACUUCCAUGAGGCCUACCCCAGCUGUACUGUCACCGAUAUCCAAUUCUGCUUUGAUGUCCACAAGCUGAUGAGGCUGGACUUGGAGAGACGCAAGGCAAUGAAAGGCAGGCUGUACUUUGCCACAAAGGCCCAAAAGGAAGGGAGGAUCAUGAUCAAGACCCAUCCAUGUGCUCAGAUAUUCUGCUGCGACAUCUGUGGCUUUGAAAAGGUGGAUGCAGAGCAGUACUACAGCGAGUUAGAAGAAAAGCGGACGGACGAGUUUAACGCCGAGAAGAACCGCAUCUCCAUGAAGAGGCUCGGCAUCGCCUUUGUGACUUUCCGUGAUGAGAGGAUGACUUCUGUCAUUGUGAAGGACUACUGUUGCGUACGCUGCCGCCGCAGACCCCAGCAGUCCAGCAUCACCACUGUGGUGCAGUCGCAAAAGUGGGGGGUCAACUACGCACCUGCUCCGAGUGACAUCAUCUGGGAAAACCUGUCGGUGUGCGGAUCUCGCUGGUGGCUCCGAUGCGUCCUCCUCAACGCCCUCCUCUUCCUGCUGCUGUUCUUCCUCACCACUCCCGCCAUCAUCGUCAACACCAUGGACAAGUUCAACGUCACGAGGCCCGUGGACAGCCUGCGGAGCCCUGUCAUCACCCAGUUCUUCCCAACCCUCCUGCUGUGGGCGUUUUCGGUGCUCCUGCCUUUCGUCGUCUACUACUCAGCCUUCUUUGAGUCCCACUGGACCAGAUCUGGUGAGAACCAAGUGACGAUGCACAAGUGUUUUUUCCUGCUGGUCUUCAUGGUCAUCAUCCUGCCCUCACUUGGUCUGUCCAGCCUGGACCUGUUCUUCACAUGGCUUUUUGAUGUCAACUUCUUGGAAGAGAAGGAGGUCAAAUUCCAGUGUGUGUUUCUUCCUGACAACGGUGCAUUCUUUGUGAACUAUGUGAUCACAUCCAGUCUGAUCGGCACAUCUAUGGAGCUGCUUCGUAUCCCAGCGCUGACGGUGUAUGCCCUCCGCCUCUGCUUUGCCAAGUCCCAGGCUGAGCGCAUUCACGUCAAACGGAGCCAGGCGUAUGAGUUCCAGUUUGGCCUGGAGUACGCCUGGACCAUGUGUAUCUUUGCAGUCACAAUGACCUACAGCAUCACAUGUCCCAUCAUUACACCAUUUGGUCUGCUCUACGCGGUCCUGAAGCACAUGGUGGACCGAUACAACAUCUACUAUGCAUACAUUCCCACUAAACUCAGCCAACGGAUCCACAGAGCAGCCAUCAGCCAGGUCAUCCUGGCCCCCAUCCUCUGCAUGUUCUGGCUGCUCUUCUUCUCAAUGCUCAGAUUAGGUCCCGUUCAUUCCAUCACCCUCUUCACGUUGGUGUCCCUCCUCGCCUGCAUUGCCUUUUCCCUCUUCCGCUUGUGCCUUAGGAAGCAACCCGACAAGUCAACAAGCUAUCAGAUGUCCGAUCAGCAAGCAGAGGAGACGUUUACUGAUGAAGACAGGAGUACCGAAACAUCCGCUACAGCUUCUAGUCUGUUUGUGGCGUCGGUGCUGCUGGAGCCAGAGCUGGCUUUGACUCCCAUGCCGUCCCCGGCCCACCACAGCUACGGCACCAUGGCCAGCUCCCAGAGUUCAAACCACGGCGCGGCGGAGGAAGAGCGGGGUGAGGAAGGCCACGCCCAGACCCGUGAGACUGAACUCCAAGACCCCCCAGACCCCUACUGCUCCAGCCCCGUCAUGGACAGCCUCGUAGGCUUCCAGUAACGCUAAAUCCCCGAGCUGAUUGCACGUGUCCUUCAGGAUGCGAAAUGCUGCAACGCUGCAUUUCCGUCGCCUCAGACCACACUGAGCUCGAUGAAGAGCCUGAAAAGGAAACAAUGCAGGAUCCCCGUAAACACCGCCAUAAAUAUAUAGACGUCUCCUGAACUCGUCUCGUGGACAGAAACACCGAUCUCUCCGGACGAUACAUCCCUUAAAUGUACAGAUUAUUUCAGUUAGACUAUUUGGAUGCUCCAUGAUUCGGGAUCGCAACUUCUCCCGUGACUUCGUUCGCAAGUAAAAAAAGGUUUAAAGUAACGAAAGUGUCCGCGGUGGAAUUGUCUUUGGGUUGCUAUCGGAGAUCCUCUCUCCACGCUGUGCCACUCGGACGUGAGUGGAGGUGAAAGUUCCUCCCAGUGUGGGUGGUGUGAGCAGGCUUGCCCCCCGGCAGGCUGACGGAGUGGUCCGGGCCCGGGCGAUAUCGGAUUCCUCGAACGCGGAGCUCGGGGAGGCUGAGGGCGAGGGCAGCGAGUUGUGAAGCCAUCUGCAGCGAGAGCGCAGACAGACGGAGGGCCGCCUGUAACUCAGAGAUGUGAUAUACGUACGCGCUCACCGAGGAGGCACACGCAGCUUCGCUGUACCUGGAGCGUGUUGGAACGAGCGUACAUUUAAAGGUUGCUAUUUUUGCUACAGUAUUUUCGGUGUCAUUGAUGUUGUGCUUUGGGUUUGGGCGCUACUGGAGAUCGUUUAGGGAUUCGCAGAGUCGUCUCGUCUUAAUCAGAGUAUUCCCGUAUUAUGCUAUUUUGACUGCGUAUGUGAUCCAAUUAAUUUAUUUAUUCAUUUAUUCGUUCAACAAUUUCACUUUCUUGCUGGGAGUUGGAUGAGAAGAUCAAUACCGCCUCCACAUGCGAGUGUGCUGUACAUCUAAUUCUCUGCAAGAACAGAAAUAGCUUUUUUUAUCAUAAAUUGCAGAAUAUUUUGAACAAUAUACCGUGGCGUCUACUUCUUCUCACAAGACAAAGUUAUUGAACUCUCGAGAAGAAUGUAUUCAUUUAUAAUUUAAAUGGAACAUGUUUGCAUGCAUGUUGAUGAUGUUGUAUAAAUGAGGAAUGCAUUUCCAUCCUUAACCAUAAGGUCGAGUUUCACGUGUCCUAAUCUCAUCGUCUGUGUGUUUCCAAGUUGUAGGAAUUGGAAUGAAAGUAUGUUUUGCUCCUGAAUGUAAAAUGAUGGUAGUUUGUUAUGUCUCUUGCUGCCUUGAACAAACACGUCCUUUCGUGUGACAAUCGAGCAUGGCCUCAAAUAUGCUGCAUGGACUCAAAACUAAAAAGGCAGAGAAACAUCCAAGAGAUGAAAACACAAAAGCAACUAUCUUGAAAAACAACCCAGAGUAGUAAACAGGCAUGUUUACAUAGUUAGUUAAUUCUGUUAGUCAUCAGAUACGCAGGAGGUUCAUUCCACUGAGAUGUUGACCAAAUCAUCUUCAAACAACGUCCUCUUACGGCCUUUUUCUGGAGCUUAUGUCUAUAUUUCAUCUUCAACUGCAGAUUAGUUUGUUCAGUUGUCAUGGACAUGGUGAACUGUACAUGUUCAGACUUUAUACUAUCGUCGUGCAGGUAUGGACUUUUCUUUACAUGCUUUAUAGUUUAUUCAUGUUAAUAAAAUAAUCUCUACCCAAGGUCCACUCACUUGCUCUUUCUGAAACCUUUAAGAGUAAACUAUAAUGUUCGACUUGCACAUGGAGAAGUCCUCCAGAUGGUUUACCUGUUUACACAUCACUGAGAACUGAGCAAACUUCAUCUGCUGAGGAACACCAUGUGAUAUGAUGAAAAGCUCUGGAACAAGCUGGUAAUUAUUAUAAUUUUAAGGUUAAGAACAGUCGAGCUCACCACUACGCCAUCUUACUGUGUGUGUUUACAUCGCAGCAGUUCCCUCACUUCUUUAAGGUUUUUUAGUAUUAAGUCCUUUCCGGUGCCUUGUUGUUGAUUUCAAUCACAUUUGUUUUUGUUCAUGUCAGAUGUACCACCAAGUUUUCUCCAGAGGAUACAAUCUAUCUGUUAUCUAUCCAGUGGCAUUAACUUUACAUGUUAUAUUAACAGUGACCUAGAAUCAUAGGCCUGUGUCACACAAUGUGUUUUCAGAUUUACGGAUGACAUAUUACGCAUAAUAUUAAAUCAUCUUGCUACAUUUUACAUGGAAUCUAACUGUAGUUUCUCAUGCUGUAUAAAAGAGAUGAAAGCUGGCAGCAGAGCCAGAGUGGUUCGUGUAGAGAAUCAUGAAGAAAAAUCUAUUUGGAAAAAUAAACAUCAAAGAGCAUCUCGACAUGUCUGUGAACUACCAAUGUGUCCUGUGGGUUUCAUAGAUCAUUAAACAUACUUUACUUUGAAAAAUCCAAAAUAAAACUUAUUAGGUCAUUCUUAGCUCUAAUGUCCAUGCAAGGAGGGAUUGUCCAUUUUCACGCUUAACAAGUUUUAUUGUAUCCUGUCAUGUCUUUUCAUAUGCUGUAUGUGGCUUGGUCACGCAAAGUCUAUUUGGAGGUACAUUAGCUCUCCAGACAUGUCCACUGGUUUUCACUCUUGGUUAUGUAUCAUAAGUGCUUUAUUUCAUACCGUAUGUGCGCCUGCUGUAGAUGUGGGUUGUUGUAUCUUCAAGAAGGUUGAGGUUAAAGGAAAGACACCGUUGGAGACUGAUCUCUGUCAGCUGUGUUGUCAAAGAGUUUUCAUCCGUCAAAAGUGAAGUGCUGUGAUCUGCAAUUAAAAUGAAUUCAACUCAA